CUCUCUCUCUCCGUGUCCCGGCUUGAUAUUCUUAAACGUCUCUCUCUAAACGUUUCUCUCUCUGAUUUGAGGAAGAAACCUCUGCCGCCUACAGUAAUGGUGGACAAAAUUCCCGCUGUUCUCCCACAAACCUUCGAGCCACUACCUUUUCUUUUUAGAUUCUACCAACCGUCAAAGAUCCUUUCCUGUCGCUGACCGUCUUCUGAUCUCCGUUCCCAUUUUCCUUCUUUGGCCUCUCACUUUCUCGCCUGUUCCUCUCUUUCCAUGGAAGUCUUUCGGUUUAUGUUCAAGCAAAGUAGAGAGACAGAGGGUGAGGAAGCGUAGGAGGGGGUAUGGAUUUGAUCGAAGGCGUUGGAGAGAGCUCGUCACCGCCUCGGAGUUUCGGUACUUUCAGCGCUUAUGAUGUGAGGAACGAUGUGUAUAACCGGUUGAUCGAAAGUGGAAAUGAAGAAGCCGUGUCUAAUCCCGACUUUCGCGAGCAGUUGGAUGCUCACUUCAGUCGAUUGCCCCCUAGCUAUGGACUGGAUGUUAAUAUGGAUAGAGCAGAAGAUGUUUUGUUGCAUCAAAAGAUUCUUGCUCAAGCAAAGCAACCGGAUAAGCGGCCUGUUUAUCAUAUUCGUUUUUUGGAGAAUAUUUGGACUGCAGCAGAUAGUAAUGAUGGCCAACAAUCUAUAAGCACACUUUCUACCUCAAAGCCAUGCUGUAAUGCAGAUAAUGGAAUUUCUCCAUUGCAUAACAGAAGCAGGGAAUGUGAGAUUGACUUUGAACCUUGCUCUAAGCUUGAGGACCUAAAUUUGGAUGUUAAAAAGAAUUCAAAGGAAGCGGAGAGAAGAUAUAUUAUGGAGAACUUUUCUAGAAGGAAAGAGGUUUCAUCCGUUCCAAUUCAUGAAAUAAUUUUUUCUACUAUUGACAAACCCAAGCUCCUCAGUCAGCUUUCUGCUCUGCUUUCUGACAUAGGCCUUAACAUCCGUGAAGCACAUGUGUUUUCGACAAUUGAUGGCUACUCAUUGGACGUAUUUGUGGUGGAUGGAUGGCCGAUUGAGGAUACAGAUGGCUUGUAUGAAGAAAUGGAAAAAGCAAUUGCUAGAAGUGAGGGGUCCUGGUCUGGUUCUUUGCAUUUUCAUUCAGUCGUGGAAAAAGCAUUGGCCCCACAAGUAAAAUCUGGAGAUUGGGAAAUAGAUAGAAGAUUGUUGAAGAUUGGAGAAAGAAUUGCAUCUGGAUCUUGUGGAGACUUGUAUCGUGGAGUUUACGAUGGUCAGGAUGUUGCUGUUAAGGUUCUUAGGGCAGAGCAUUUAAAUGAAGGUCUCGAGGAUGAGUUUGCUCAAGAAGUAGCAAUUUUGAGGGAGGUACAGCAUAGAAAUGUUGUCCAUUUUAUUGGUGCAUGUACUACGUCUCCACAUUUGUGCAUAGUGACAGAGUAUAUGCCUGGAGGGAGUCUGUAUGAUUAUUUACAUAGGAACCAUAAUGUCUUGACGAUCUUUAAAGUGCUGAAGUUUGCAAUUGAUGUCUGCAAAGGAAUGGGGUACUUGCAUCAAAACAACAUAAUUCACAGGGAUUUGAAGACAGCGAAUUUACUAAUGGAUACUGAUAAUGUGAUUAAAGUCGCAGAUUUUGGUGUUGCUCGAUUCCAAAAUCAAGAGGGAGUAAUGACCGCAGAGACUGGAACAUACAGAUGGAUGGCACCUGAGGUGAUAAACCAUCGACCUUAUGAUCAGAAAGCAGAUGUAUUCAGUUUUGCUAUUGUGCUUUGGGAGCUAACUACAGCCAAGAUUCCAUACGACGCCAUGACUCCUCUACAAGCUGCACUUGGAGUGAGACAGGGACUACGGCCUGAUCUUCCUGAGAAUGCACACCCCAAGCUGUUGAGCUUGAUGCAGAGAUGUUGGGAAGCAGUUCCUGAAAAUAGGCCAGCCUUUUCUGAAAUAAUUGUUGAUCUUGAGGAACUCCUCCAAGAAGUUCAGGAAUUUUCAGUGGCACCAAAUGGCAACUGAAUAUGUUCUACUCUUUAUAUUUCAAACGGCACAUUUUCUUGGCUUUUGGGCGGUUUUUUUUCCCUCCCCCAAAUUAUACAAUGGUUGAUUCGGUGGACGAUUGGUGAACAAAGAGCUAUUUUUGAAGCUCUUGGACAUUUAGAAAAUAGCAACCUAGCAGGUAUGGAGUUUAGGUUUGAUGCACUUAGUACAAAGCUUUCUGAAGCUUUGAGGCCCCAUAUAUUGUAGCUGCACAGGAGAGUCCCAACAAAAAUUUGGUGUUUUAAUUUUAUAUUUAUUUUUAAUUUUUUUGGUUUGGUUGGGGGAGGAGGGGAGAAUGUCAUGGAUGCAUAGCUUGGUAUAUGUGCACUGUUUUCUGACCCUAAAAAGGUUGAUAUGUACCUCUUUAACGCAUAGCUUGGUAUAUAUGCGUCGCCACGCCCUCGCCUGAAUACGUAUGUAAAUGUCUUAUUUAAUCUUUCUAAAAUCAGAGGCAGAAAACAGUGCAGUUUUAGUAUGGUAUGCUUUAGGGAAGGCAUCGGGUAUGGUCAUGUGUAGAGAGUACGGUAGAGUCCGGGUAUACCGUGGGCGUGUUUGUAAUUUUAUUUGAAAAAUAAAAUAAGUCGAUUUUGUAA